ACAAACAAACUGCUCGUUUUCGACAUAUACCUCCGUUACAACAAUGGUGAAUUGGAAAAUUGAUAAUGGCAAACUGAAUAUCCAAGGGAUUGAAGAUUUUGAAGGACAAAUUGAGUAUGCUAAAAGCUCCUUGCAGUAUAAGAAGAUCGAGAAAUCUGAAGAAUGUAAACGGAAUGAGAAAACUAUAGCAGAAAAAAGAUGUCAUGAUCAAGAACUUGGAGGAUUUCGGAGCUUGUGGAAACGGGAAAAGAAAUGGUAUAACGCAACAGUCCUAGAAAAAACUAAAUCAGGUUACAAAGUCGUAUUUGCAGACGACAACAAAGUAAGAGUGUUAAGUCUACAGAAUCUACGAAAAAAAACAUCGAGAUGGAUUCAGCUGAAGGUGUUUUGUUGAACAAAACACUUUCAUAUAUAUAUGAACUUACAAAAAACUCACAAGUCAUCUGAUAAUGUUCUCAAAACAGGAUAUAAUAAACAAUAUCAACAACACAAGGAAGCUUUAUUUCCUUGUCCUUGAACAAAAGACAUUUCACAUCAGUCAAAUGAUCCUAUAUAUGUAUACAUGUAUACAAGAAUGAACAAGGUUAUAUAUAUUGUUUAAUUUAUAUUGGGACAUUAUCAUGAUAUCUUAAUGAUAAAAAAACAAACAUUCACAGAUUAAGCUUGUUUGGUCUGAAUGUGCUUGUAAUUUAAUAUGACAAACUGUAUGUAGAAUAAGAAGUAAUUAUCACACCAUCAAUGAGACAACACCAAUGACGAAAAUAAAUAGAUGAAAAAGUAUACAAAAAUCAUCAACAAUAG